AUGAAGACGUCAGCGGUCUUCUCUACCUUUCUCUCGCUGCUGUCGCUCGGUUCCGCAGCCAGCUCAGAAAGGAAGAGCAGCUCCACAAGCACCACGCUCCCGGCCACGUUCAAGCCGCCACAGGUUUUCAAGAACUCCAAUCUCGUCCAUGUGAUCUCCGUCGAGAAGAACUACGUCAAAGAGAACAUCAACGUUUUGAUAGAAAAUAUCGACAAGACCGCGCAGGAUGAAUACUUUGUGCCAUUCACGGCCGACCAGAUGUCGCGCCUUGGAGGGGUCGAAGUGAAGGACCGCAAGGACAGCAGCGCUGGGCCAUUCAUCGCCGAGGCUGUCGAGUUUGACCAGGAGAGCGAUAUCCAGUACCUCCGCAUCCGGUUUCCCAAGCCCCUUGCGCCCGGCGCGUCGCAGACCCUCGGCAUUACCUACUACCUCCUCAAGGCUUACAAGCCGCUCCCAGCCUCCAUCAAGCAGGAGGAGCAGCAAUACCUAUUCUUCUCCUUCUCGGCGUACUGCCCCUCCGCGUACACGACGAGCAAGCAAAAGACCGAAGUCAAGUUCCCGACAAGCAACAUCCCGGACUACACCAAGCUCCCGGGGAGCGGCGACGUGAAGGAGUUUCCGCAGAAGCAGGGCUCCAAGCUCACUUACGGCCCGUUCGACGAGAAGCCCGCGGGCGCCACACAGCCCGUCAGUGUGCGGUUCGAGUUCAACAAGCCGGUGACGCACGUGUCCCGCCUAGAGCGCGAUAUCGAGGUCAGUCAUUGGGGCGGCAAUGUCGCGUUUGAGGAGCGCUACACGCUGCACCACCGCGGCGCCAACCUGUCGGCCCUCUUCAACCGCGUCAAGUGGCAGCAGGCGCAGUACUACCAGCCCAACACCUUUGCGCUCAAGGAGAUGAAGUUCCCCUUGCGGGUGGGCAGCGCCGACGCCUAUUACACCGACGUCAUUGGCAACGUCUCGACGUCCCGAUUCCGGAGCAACAAGCGCGAGGCCCUGCUGGAGAUCAAGCCGCGGUAUCCCGUGUUUGGCGGGUGGAAGUACCCCUUUACCAUCGGUUGGAAUUCGGAUGCCAAGAACUUUCUGAGGAAGACGGCCACUGGGGGGUUUGUCCUGAAUGUCCCCUUCCUGGAAGGCCCGAGGCAGCAGGAGGGUGUCGAGUACGAGCAGGUUCAGGUCCGGGUGAUUCUGCCCGAGGGUGCUGAGAACGUAAAAUAUCACACCACGAUACCGACUCAGUCCAUUAUCGAAGCGGGCGUUGAGAUCCAUAGAACCUACCUCGACACCCUGGGCCGGACGGCCCUGGUCAUCAAGGCGCGGAAUCUGCUAGACGACUUUAGGGGCCGCGAGUUGACCGUCACGUAUGACUAUCCGCUCAUGGCGAGCCUGCGGAAGCCGCUGGUGAUUUUUGGCAGCGCCAUGGCUGUGUUUGUGGGUGCCUGGGUGGUGGGCAAUCUGGAGCUUAAGUUUGCGACGAGGAAAUAG